ACCUUCUUCGCGAAGUUCCGCCUGAUGUCUGAAAUCAUGGCGGCUGCUCUCCUCGCGAAACUAUACCCUUGUUGUGUAGUACGCUUCUCUGACCGAGAGUACAUGCGUUGAGAAGUGACAGUUUGAAAAACUGGAUAUCAAGAAAUAAUGAACCACUCUAGUGACUCUGGUGAAGAUGUUGGAGAAGAUCAAGAAGAUUCUUCCUUUGGAUUGGUAGCAAACGUAGAAGAUGCCUUGACUUCGUUCAGGGAGCAGUGGCAACGUGAAUUAGAAAUAUCUCCUAAAAAAGAUCUUGCCAAGAAUUAUGCUUCGAAAGCUCCAAGUGGAAUACCAUUGGAUGAUGAUGCAACUUCUACAGAAAACAAGUUUCUGAAAUUUCAGGCAAGAAAGUUAUUUUUAGAAGGUAUUGAGCAUGAGCAAAAUGGAAAAUUAUAUGAAGCUAUUCAGUUCUACAAACGUGCUGUGCAGUUGGUACCAGAUAUUGAGUUUCGCUUAUAUGAGUCAUCUAAGGUGAAACCUCGAGAGAAAUUUGAAUCUGAUGAAAGAUUGGAAACACAAGAUGGACAUAGCCGUCAAAAUGAAGCCAAUGACAACAAUGAGAAUGAUGAGGAGGAUGAUUCAGAACUUUGUGUUAAACUGUCAAGAAUCAUCUAUCGAAACCAAUGUGUUUGCUUUCCUCGAUUUGAACAAAGUGGAACACAUAUAUCAGCUCUGCCCAUGGAAAUAGUAUUAUACAUCCUGAGAUGGGUAGUCUCUUCCGAAUUAGACUUGAGAUCGCUUGAAAUGUUUUCUGGUGUCUGCCGUGGAUUCUAUAUAUCAGCCAGAGACGCCGAAAUUUGGAGAUUGGCCUGCGUUAGAGUAUGGGGUGUCAAUUGCGGUACGCAUGAGCCAAAGUACCAAUCUUGGAGAGAGAUGUAUCUGCAAAGGCCUAGGUUGCGGUAUAACGGGUGUUAUAUUAGUAAAACGACUUAUAUCCGUCACGGAGAAAAUAGUUUUCAGGAUCAGUUCUACAGACCCUGGCAUUUGGUUGAAUAUUUUAGAUACCUUAGGUUUUUUCCCGAGGGAAGAGUGUUGAUGCUGACUUCAGCUGAGGAGAUGCAAACUUGCGUCAAUUCAUUGAAGAACCGUAUACCUCGAAAUUCUUCCGUUCUCAUCGGUCAUUAUCGGCUACACGAUGAUCGCGUAACAUUAAUAUUAAAAAAGCAGGAGACAAAGGGAAGCAAUAACGCAUACAGAAAAAAAAGACGAGAACCAAUGCAUGACAGUGGAGAGCAAACAUUUCACGUUGAAUUCAGUAUUCAAAAUCAUCAGAAGCGAGUGAACUCUCAACUGACGUGGCUGAGGUACAAUAUAUUUACCAAGUACAGAAACGGACAGGAGGGAAACAUGUACCUGAACCUUAGCGGCCGUUAUCCACCAUUCAAAUUUAGCAGGGUCAAAAGUUACACCUUGGAAAGCGAAGCUCCGCUGCAGUGAAUGUUCCCGUUACGAUAAUUCAAAUUACGUGUAAAGAAAUAAGGAGAGAGUUGUCUCCGCGAUGAUUGGUAGGGCCUUGGUAAAACCGUACAAAAAGGUACAUAUAAUGACAAAGAUCCUCUUUAGUUUAAAGACGAUGUCAAGCUGCGAUUUACUUUAGAAAUUGUGCUGCUGUAAGGUCAGUGCGGCAAUUUCAACGAAUAUUGAUUAUCACUCUUUGAGUGCCUGCAGGGUGUACUCUACUAUUCUUCUGUUCGCAUAAGUGCUAACGAAACAUGCAUGCUUACUUACAAGUUAAUAACAAUUAUAUCGCUGGAAUUUGGGGAUAAUGGUAACGAGGAAAAACCCACAGAUUUUUAUUACGUACCCUUAUUGCAGGUACAGUUCUGUUUUUACUUAGUUUUUUUUUGUCACUCGAGAAGUAAACUCCAGUCCCGUAGAACGUGUAACCUGAAACGAGGUCUGUAACAAUCCUAUUUGAAAUAGUUAUAUCUAAUGAAGUGCUUACACUAAGUAUAAAAAAUCACUUCAAAGUUUGUAAACGAGUAACCUCGACCAAGUAGGUCGUCACAUUUUGAACAAGUAGGUUCAAAAAUGUAUCUUGUACAUACAUGUGCUUCAAAUUAGAAUUUCAUUAUCGUAAAUAAAUAGGCAACCGCCAAUGGAAAAAUUAA